UAAACAUAUGUGCGUCACUAAAGAACACGUCGAUCGUGUUCAAAUUCAACAAAUUACGUAAUUUAAUAUAUUCGAUAAAUUAACAUAAAUCAAGCAUGAUGAAACUGAGUGCAAUCUAAUCAGUAAGUAAUAUACUUUGUAUCAGACAACAACACUGUGCAAAAUAACGAGUGAUUAAAGUGAUAAAAUUACAGAAAAAAAUGGCGGGAAAGUUAUUAGUGUCAAUGUCAUUUUUUAUUUUCUUAACGGCCAGUGCUUACGAUUUGAAGCAAGUUCUUAUUUUAAGUAGGCAUAAUAUUAGAGCGCCUCUGUCUUCAAAUCUACAUAAUCUGUCGAAUAAUACAUGGCCAAAGUGGAACACACAACCAGGUUUUUUAACCGCAAAAGGUGCUUUAUUGGAAGGUUAUAUUGGUAAUUAUAUAUCAAACUGGCUGGUGAAGAAAGGUUUGUUACCAAACGGAUGUCCGGAUUCGAAUGAUGUGUAUAUUUAUGCAAACACUAGACAAAGGACACGUGAAACAGCUAAAGCUUUUGUCAAUGGUGCUUUUAAAAACUGUAGUGUUACCGUAUAUAGCAAGAACUCCACUAAAAUGGAUCCCGUAUUUAACCCUGUAUUUCGAAAUAUGUCGCUGGAGUUAAAAUCACAAAUUGUUGAAGAGAUGAAGCAAAAAUUAGACAAUUUACGACUAAAAAAGGCUUACUCAAAAUUAAAUGAUUUAGUCCAUUUGGAACAUUCCCCUAUCUGUAAAAAAAGUAAUGUAUGCAAUUUUUUACACGCAAAAGACAGUAUUGUCUAUGAAAUAGGAGAAGAACCGAAUAUAAAUGGUCCUCUUGCAUACACAAACUCGAUAGUUGACGCUUUUAUCAUGAGCUACUACGAAGGAAUGCCUACGAGCGAUGUUGCAUGGGGAAAAAUUAAAUCAUCUAAAGAUUGGAAUUUACUUACGCGUGUCACACAAGAAAAUCAAAAUGUCAGGUUUAAUAGCACAGUUUUGGCCAAGGAAGUAGCGAAACCGUUACUAAAAUAUAUUUAUGACAUAUUUAAGAAUGAGAAUUCACCAAAAUUUACGCUACUCGUUGGUCAUGAUGCAAAUUUAAAUUCAGUUAUGGCGGCGAUAGGUUUUAAGCCCUAUGUGUUGCCAGAUCAGUAUGAAGUCACGCCUCUGGGCGGUAAAUUAGUUUUUCAGAAAUGGCAUGAUAGUAAAUUAAAUAAAGAUCUUCUAAAAGUGGAUUACAUAUAUCAGACUGUUAAGCAAUUGAGAGAUGGUGAUGUUUUAUCUGAAUCUAAUCCACCCCGCUGGAUGAAAAUGGAGAUUCGCAACUGUCAAAAUGAUUUUGAUGGUUUUUGCCAAUGGAGCGAUUUUAUUGAAAUUAUGAAAUCCAUUUCUUAUUAAUAAAUAAUUUAUAUUAUUUUCG